AUGUCAAACGCAGAUUUUAACGACAUAUUCGGCGAGGACCCAAAAAUGGAGGAACUCGCGGUGCCCACCUUAUCAAACAUUGACUUGGACGACGAUGGGUUGUUUGGAGCGGACCACAGUGAUAAAGUUUCUAAACCUGAUAGUAAUCAGUAUUGUCAAGGCUCGAAUUGGGAGCAGAUUGGUAGUCACGAGCAGGAUGAAUUUUUGUCGUGGCUUGAUGAAGGAGGGUCUGCUCAGCCUGCAGUCACCGCCUUGACCGAUUCUUUAACACCGUCAUCUGAUUUUGAUCCACCACCUGCGCCUGUACAUGGAUAUGAACCUGUAACCAGUUUUGAUUGCGUGUCACUUGAUGACAGUGAUGACUUUGAUCAAAUACUAAAUGGGUCGAAUUCAUUGCAUAUGACCAACAUGUCAGUCACUACAAUGCCAUCCGUCUCAAUUGAUAAUGGUUUAGAUCACUUUGUUCAAGGUGCUGGCAACUUUACCUCAUCAAGUGUGGAUGGUUGUAUCUCGCUUGGCGACGAUGAUGAUGACGACCUAGAGUCAAUUGUGCGACAAGCCAACAAACAAGUUGAUGUGAGCGGCUCUCGAGAAAACAGCAAUUCGUCGUUACAGAUAAAAAGCCAGCUACAAACACCACAAAAGGCGCAAAUCGAUGUGACGGCAGCACGACAAGCAUAUCUUGAAACAGGAGAGCUACUUGCAGGCUCGCGGCUUGCUCUGUGGCAUCGCGCGGUACAGCCUAAGAACGAGGAUACUGCAUCCAUGUAUGCGGUCCAGACAACUUCUCGCUCACUGCCGAAUCAAGCCUUGCUCCAUAAGGAGGUCGAAGAGUUGUGUUCACGACUUUUUUCUAGUGCAACUCAUGCGCGUGUUCUUCGCGAACUGGGAGAAAACAUGCGAGGCACACACCUACUCUUCAUCGACAGUGCUGAAACUCUUUUCACUCACUUGUGUAAACAAUUCGAUAUCGACUACUCACCCGGCAUGAUAUUUACUUUCGCGCCACUUUUGCUCGCAAGUGGCUGUGAACCUCUUCAUCCCGAAAAUAUUGAGAUUCUUGCAGCUACGUGUCGUCGAUUUCUGCCUCACAUAAGCAAGAAAUCUGAUUCGUAUGCAUUUGCAUCAAAUCGACGUCCACUUCUUAAGAGGUUGUUAUUGUAUCAUGCGCCACGCCUGGCUUCACACCUCAAUCGCUACUUUCCAACGUGGAAUGAAGCGCCUGCAGAAGAGUCUGAUAAUAUUGAAAAAAGUGGUGCGAUUCCUGAUUCCUGGCUUUUCUCUUUCUUCGAGGGCAAAGAGAUCGUAAAUGAUCCUGCCAACUUCGAAUUCUUGCUUAAAGUUUGGGACUGUAGUUUGGUGCUGGAGGCUUUUUCGCUGAGUGAGAACAAUUUACUAUUGACGGGAUUCUUCAUCACGCUGAACGCAAUUGUGUCGGCUGAAAAAGAAUUGAUGCGCAUGACUAGCGAGCAACUUCGCCACUGUAUGGCAUCGACCCUCGUUAAUACGGUGCUGCAUGGGGAGAUGACAAAAAACAAAGUGUUUGUCUACGAAGUUCGUCGUUUGAUAGAAUCCACGCCAUCAUGUAUCUGUGCGAAAUUACGCAGCUUCGAUAAAGCACCGCCGCCAUCUUCGAUAAAAAGUGUGAACUCUUUGGAAGGGCACUCAACAGGAGCUCCGCAAGGACCCAGCAAUCUUUUUGGAGUGAGUAAUCUGUUUUCGGCAUCGACUCAAGGAUUAAAAGAUGUGUCGAAUUUGAUGAUUGACGUGCCCUCCAAGCUGCUUACUAUGGUUCCUAUGAACCCUCUGGCAUCUGUGUCGUCAUCGGCGAUCAAUCCAUUGACGGAUUCUCCUGAAGUUCAGCAACUCUUCUACCUGCACGCUAAAGCAAUGGACGUAGCAUCUAUCUCCGUGACUUUGGAGGCUAAAGAAGUAAUUUCAUCCGUUUUUGGGGGCAUUCAAGGGCACGAGCCAGGAUCGCUUCGUUACUUUAUUGUCGACUGUCGUGGCCCGGAGGACACGAAAUUAGGUCAAGUGCCCACAGCUUUCAAUUUUGACCCGGACUCGGUUUCAGAUCCUGCCGUACUUAAACAAGUCCUGGCAACUCUUUGUCCACUGAAACAUGCUGGAGUACACAUUUGCGUAAUGGGUCAGGGUUAUGCGCACAUUGCGGGGGAAUUGCGCCAAUUUCAGCAGAAACAAGGCGUAGCAGCGAUUUCGCCAUUCACGUUAUGUGAAGGUUUUCUUGAGACUUACGCGAAUGAUCAAACGCGCAUGCAAUCAACUAUUGAGUUCUUGCUCAAGCACGAGUUCCCUCACGUAAGUGUGAUUGAUGGAGGAUACUCUGCGGCUCACGCUUAUCUCUUUCGGUCUCAUAGCUUUACUGUGGACGACCUGGCAGAUCAUGACACACCGAAUUGUAAGCUCUGUCACCACGAUCGAAGUAUGGAUACUGUUCUUGCUCACGCUAUUGUCGGUCCCGUUUCGUCGAAAUCGUCCGAAGAAAAGGGGAACUCGCACAAGGAUUGGGAGAUUUCGCUGCCUGAGAACCCCAGCUCGAACGAUGAAUCGACAGGAGACGUCGGUUUUACAGAUAUCAAUCUUUCAUCUCCUAGUACCAGCGCCAAAAGUACAACCGGAUCGUAUUACUCGACCUUUACUGGUGCCUUUAAAAAUGGCAGUAAAACACUCUUAAGUCCAACAAUGGACGGCACCAAAUGGCUUCUUAAAAAAUCCGCGGCGACCACCGCUGAAUUUGCCAACGCUGCCGCCAAUAUGGGGACCAUUCAUUCGAAAAGUCGAACGGGUAGUAUACAGGGUGUCAUCGGAACAAGCAAACUCCAAACAGCCCAUACAAAGGAAACGAAGCCUACAAUGCCGAACCUGAGCAAAUUCCGUAACUCGCUGGUGGCAAUCGGCUCCGAGAGUUUUGAUAUGCUGAAGAAAGUCGAGUCUGCUAUGGAGCAUGCUGUUGAGCAAGCUGCAGUGGCUACUACGACAACCACAGCGAAGGUCCGGGUCCCAUUUUCUUCUUCUCCUUCUCUGAAAGAAGCGGGGGUUGCAGAUUUAGCUAAGUCACCAACGGCCAGCACUUGUACACCUCUUACACCGCGAGAUCAAGAUCAAGAAGGCCAUUUUGUUCAACAUGCUGAAGCAAGUGACGGCAACAAGUCGACUCCAUCAAAUUUCGCGAAUGAGACUCGAUUUAACACAAAAUCUAUUCAUGGCGUUGUUAAAGGCAAUGUGCGCCAAUUAAAGAAGGGAAUGACCGUGAGUCGCACACAAAUGUUGCCUUGUGCGAGCAGUCCAUUCUUUGCGUGUUAUAAGAAAAAAGCACCAAAUGAAAAAGCUGGAGCUCAAUCACGUGGUACGAUGAACCUUCGUCGCAUAGUUGUGAUGGAGAAUCAUCUCGUGGUGCUGAAAUCUGCCGCACGCAAUGAAGAUGAUAUCUUCUUUGUCAAAUCUUGUCACUCGCUACUGCACAUUACGCGGAUGACUUGCCUAAAGAAGAAUGCACUCAUGGUGACCAUCUACUACAGGUGGAAAAAUGAAAAUGGAGAGGUUGUUGAUAAACGCAACUCGUACGAAGUAUUUGUCAUCAGCGAAUACCCUUCCAUGUCGGACAAAAAGCGUGAAUCACUUGCAUCUAAGAUUGAUGAAGUUGCUAGAAACCAGAUUUGGCGUGAACAGCUUAAGACUGAGUACAGGAUGGAAAGCGUUCCUACGCUUUUUCAGCUUAAUCCCAAAACAUUAAGUUCAAUCACGUUAAAGCCUACCCAAACCCACCCUGAAGACUUUGGCAAGGUAAUCGGCGACCCAGAAACGCGGCAAUUAGCCUCUCAACUGCGUCAAGUGACAAAGAGACCCACAGAAAAACAGACUUUACCAAAGACAGAAGCUCAGCGUGUCGGUUGGCUUCAUGACAUGGCAAACAAAGGAAUUAGAGCUGACAUGAAUCAGCGUAUGUUCAAAGGCCGUGGCAGUUGCGAUGUUACGAAAUUUGCCAAUUCUUAUUGUACCAUGGCAGGCUGCAGUCCGUUCGCAGAUAAAUCGGCUCACUGA